UGUUUCAAACCCCAAAGGCAGAGAUGCGAUGUCUAACAGUAGGAGGUGGGGAAUAAACUUAAUUUCAGUUUAAGGACAUGUUGAAACAGGCGGUUCGUUCAGCUGGAAAGUAUUAUAAGGAAAAAGAAUCUGUUUUUAACAAGCCCAACAGAGGAGUUUCUUUAAUCAUCUCUUAAAAUGCCUGCGGAUUAUAACGGCUGCUGGAAAAUGAUCUCCAACGAGAAUUUUGAUAAGUAUCUGAAAGCUUUAGAUAUAAAUGUGGCUAUUAGAAAGAUAGCCACUAUGAUGAAACCUGAUAAAGACAUCACUCAGGAUGGCAAUCACUUUAUCAUAAAGACGCUCAGCUCCUUUAAGAACUACAGCAUAGACUUUGUGAUUGGUCAGGAGUUUGAAGAAGAUUUUACUGGACUGGAUAAUAGAAAAUGUAAGACCACUAUCACCUGGGAUAGAGAAAAACUGGUGUGUGUGCAGAAAGGAGAGAUCGAGGGGAGAGGCUGGACCCACUGGAUUGAUGGAGAAGAGCUUCACUUGGAGCUGACGGCUGCUGGAGUAGUGAGUAAACAAGUCUUCAAAAAGGCAUAACCAAAAGUGCAAAGUAACACCUCCUGAUGGACUUUUGCAAGAGAUGCAUUGAAAAAAACACACACUACAAAACAUAAAACAACUCCGUCCAUUCAUCUAUCAUCACAGCUGCCUACAACAUACCUGAAAACAACAGUAAAUGUAAUAGUUUGUCACAGUCUAUUUGCUCUGAUCCAUAUAAAGGUCUUCAGCAACUAUUCAUAACAGAUGCCCAUGCCUGUCAUUUAUAUUGGUGGUAAAAAGUGUGAAUCAUUAAACAACAGGUGUUUGAGGAUAAUGUCAUGGAAAUAACAUUCAAAGAUUGGAAAUGUCUGUGUAUAUAAUUAGACUCCAGAGAGGACGUCCAAAGGAAAAAUGUUGAGAGCGGCUGCUGUCGCUUUGAUUGAAAAGUCUGUCAGUUUGCGCAUGAUGGGAUUCUGCCUGUCUUCCCAUCAUGCCUCUGUACUGUAUGAGUAU